AUGGCUAUCCCUGAUCUGGACCCCCGGAAUCAGCUUCUCCCAAACCUGAUUGAUCGUUAUGCCCUCAUCAAGCCUGAUGCGAUUUACGCCGAAUACCCGGUCAAUCCUACGAGCUAUGAUAAAGGUUAUAGAAAGAUUACAUAUAAGAACUUUGCAAAUGCAAUUAACGGCAUCGCACAUUGGCUCACGGAGCAGUUGGGACCUGGAGACGGCAAGGGGGUUCUCGCCUACACUGGCGGGAAUGACCUGCGAUACCCAGCUUUGGUUCUAGGUGCUGUCAAGGCCGGUUAUUGUGCUUUCUUGCCGUCACCACGUAACAGUGUUGCUGCGAACCAGUCUCUGCUACAGAAGCUCGAUUGCACUACACUACUGACGCCUAUGCCGCAUCCUCCUUUCAGAGCGGCGAUUUUGAAGGCCUUAGAAGGGCAGUCAGUGAAAUGUUUGGAUAUGCCAAGCUUGGACACACUUCUGACAAACGACUAUCCCGACUUUCCAUAUUCUAAAAAAUAUCCCGACGCCGUCACUGAUCCACUUCUCAUUGUGCACACAUCGGGCUCUACGGGUAUUCCUAAACCGAUCACCUGGACUCUCGAAAGUGCACUCAGACAUACAAGGAUGCAGCUCCUGGAAUGUCCUGAGGGCUACAAGAGUCAAGACCAGUACAAUGCUGGUAAACGUGUGUUCGUCACAUUACCCCCAUUCCAUGCCGCUGGCAUGGCAACCAUGAUCAUGAUCUCACCUCAAGGAAACCAGACUGCUAUUAUGCCUACUGCCGUCGGUCUACCAACGGCCGAUGCACUGGUGGCAGCCAGGAAGCAGACGCAGUUUGAUAGUGCAUUCGUUGUACCAUCGAUUGUACUGGAAUUAUCUCAGAGUCCCGAGCUUCUUGAUUACUGCAGUACCAAUCUAGAGUAUAUCUACUAUGCUGGAGGUGAUUUACCACAGCCAAUUGGAGAUAAGGUCGCAGCUAAAUUGCCCCUGAUGAACCGAUUCGGAUCCACCGAGGUUGGUCUUCUGAAUUCGGUUUACGGGCCAAACCGCGAUCCCCUGGUAGACUGGCGUUAUCUCGAAUUCCACCCAGAAGUUGGGGUUGAACUUCGCCAUGUAUCAGGGGAGGAUUAUGAGACAAUAAUGGUGCGAAGUCCCACCAGGGAAUCCAAUCAAUGUCCAUUCGUCCUUUUCCCUGAUCUGCAAGAAUAUUCUCUGAAUGAUUUGAUGGUCCGCCAUCCCGAUCCGGCAAAGCCGAAUCUAUGGCGCCCAACUGCCCGUGGAGAUGAUAUUAUUGUUUUUCUCAAUGGAGAGAAGACAAACCCGGUUUCAAUGGAACAAGCUAUAGUUGCCGCAAAUUCAGAGGUGACUGGUUGCGUUGUGAUCGGUGCCCAACGUCUGCAGGCCGCUCUCCUUGUGGAGACCAACAACGGUCAAGGUUCUUUGAGCAUCAGCGACCGUGCUGCGAUGAUUGAAAAAUUAUGGCCCAGCAUUGAGCAGGCAAAUCAGACGGCUCCGGCCCAUGCUCGCAUUGCGAAGUCUCACAUUCUCUUCACAUCCGGCGAGCCCUUGCCUCGGGCAAGCAAAGGAACCUUACAGCGUGCACAGGCAUUGAGUAACUACAAGAAAGAAAUUGAUAACCUCUACAGAGAUGCAGAGAAGCUUGCCUACUUUGACGUAUCGGUAACUCAGAUUGCCGCCCCUGGCGCUGCUCAUGAUACCAAGAAGGUUACCGAGUAUGUCAGAGCCGUCAUCCUAAGUAUCGCAAAAUGGAAUCCGGACUUCUCAGAUGAGGACAAUUGGUUCACGCUUGGACUGGACUCUCUGCAGGCGAUUACUGCCACUCGUGUAUUGAAGAAUGGCCUUAAUCUCUCAUCUCUCGCACCGAACACCAUUUAUCUCAGUCCCACCGUGGCAGGACUGACCACAGCUUUACAAUCACUUCAGCAAGAGAAUGAUGAAUCUACAACUUCCCGAAAGAAGGAUGAGGUACAAGAGAGAGAGAAUUUAUUGCAGGAGCUUAUCGAGAAAAUCAGAGAGAAGCCUCAGGCGCAAGUCUCUCUAGCCAACUCCGCUUCUACCCACACAGUUGUAUUGACUGGAUCAACGGGCCAACUUGGCAGUUACAUCCUGGAUGCUCUUUUGAAAGAUUCCAAGGUUGGGCGGGUAUACUGUCUUGAUCGAGGUGAUGAUGCCCAGGGUCGUCAGCGUGAGCGUGGAGCUGCGUAUGGGCUCACCAUCGCAGAUGAAGCGCGUGUUCCAGUCACAUUCUGGAAAGCAGACCUCAGCCAGCCGGAAUUUGGGCUACAAUCCGACCAACUUGAGGAGCUGCAGCAAGCAACGCAUGUUAUUCACAAUGCCUGGACUGUCAACUUUAACCUUCCGCUGGCAUUUUUCAAGCCUCAGUUGGUCGGCGUAGUUAACCUGAUCAACUUCAUCAGCCAGUCCAAAUACGGAUCGCCCCAAUUUUUCUUUGUCUCUUCCAUGAGCUCCGUUAUGGGUGACACUUCCAGCUCUUUCGGAGUUACUCCGGAAACACUUGUUACGAUGAGCCACCCCGGCCCGAACGGCUACGCGAAUAGUAAGUAUAUCGCGGAGCAUCUACUGAGGCACGCAGCACAGCAGGGCAUCCCCUGUUCCUUCGCCCGUGUUGGCCAGGUGGCCGGUUCGAUUCAAACUCCUGGGCUGUGGAGUAAGUCUGAGUGGUUCCCAACUAUGGUUAUGAGCUCGAUAUAUCUUGGAGCUCUUCCAGAUACUCUGGGCAGUAUGGACCGAAUUGACUGGCUGCCAAUUGAUCGACUCGCUGAAAUCAUCGUCGACCUGGGACUCAGGGAUGACUCAGAGCCUGCUCUUAACGUUUACCAUCUGCUCAAUGUGAAUCCCGAACCCUGGGACCGAGUCAACCGAUUUAUAGUCAAUGCCGUUGAAAAGACAUUCGGGAAAUCCCUGAAGACCAUUCCUCUGCAGGAGUGGGCACGUCAAGUGCGACAGGAUAGUACCGAUCAAGUGCUUGAUGAAACAGAGAUACAAGAGAAUCUCCAAAAAAAUCCAGCGCUGAAACUGCUGGACUUUUUCGAGGCGAUUCAAACCAAAGCGCCCGCAAAUAUACUGGAUACUCAGGCCACUGCUCGCUCCUGUGAGAAGUUACGCGACGUUGACGCCGUUAAGGAGGGUUGGAUCCAGAAAUGGGUACAGGAAUGGAAGUCUUGCGAGUAA